CCCCACCAUGGCCGCCGCCGGCUGCGGGGCUGGGGGCCCUCGAGCGCCGGUGUGAGCGGGCCCGGCUGCUGGGCCGCGGGUUGGGGUGCAUGGGCCUCCUUCGAGGCGGGGCCGCGUGCGCUCGGGCCAUGGCGCGCCUGGGCGCUCUGCGCUCGCACUACUGCGCGCUGCUGCUGGCCGCGGCGCUGGCGGUGUGCGCCUUCUACUACCUGGGCUCGGGCCGGGAGACCUUCUCCAGCGCCACCAAGAGGCUGAAGGAGGCCCGUGCCGGGGUCGCCGCGCCUACGCUGCCCCCGCUGGACCUGGCCCGGGGCUCCGCGGUGCCGGCCUCGGGCGCCAAGGCCAAGAGCCUGGAGAGCGGCGCGGCCGUGCCGGUGGACUACCACCUGCUGAUGAUGUUCACCAAGGCGGAGCACAACGCGGCGCUGCAGGCCAAGGCCCGGGUGGCGCUGCGCUCGCUGCUGCGCCUCGCCAAGUUCGAGGCGCACGAGGUGCUUAACCUCCACUUCGUGAGCGAGGAGGCCAGCCGCGAGGUGGCCAAGGCCCUGCUGCGGGAGCUCCUGCCGCCCGCCGCCGGCUUCAAGUGCAAGGUCAUCUUCCAUGACGUUGCUGUGCUGACAGACAAGCUCUUCCCCGUUGUGGAGGCCAUGCAGAAGCACUUCAGUGCUGGCUCAGGGACCUACUACAGUGACUCCAUCUUCUUCCUCUCUGUCGCCAUGCACCAAAUCAUGCCCAAAGAGAUCCUACGGAUCAUUCAGCUGGACCUUGACCUGAAGUACAAAACCAACAUCCGAGAGCUGUUCGAGGAGUUUGACAACUUCCUGCCAGGUGCUGUUAUCGGCAUAGCCCGAGAGAUGCAGCCGGUGUACAGGCACACAUUCUGGCAGUUCCGCCAUGAGAACCCCAAGACCAGAGUUGGGGACCCUCCACCUGAGGGCCUUCCUGGCUUCAACAGUGGAGUCAUGCUGCUGAACCUGGAGGCCAUGCGCCAGUCUCCACUCUACAGCCAUCUGUUGGAGCCUGCAUGGGUACAGCAGCUUGCAGACAAGUACCACUUCCGGGGCCACCUUGGGGACCAGGACUUCUUCACCAUGAUCGGCAUGGAGCACCCCGAGCUCUUCCAUGUGCUGGACUGCACCUGGAACCGGCAGUUGUGCACCUGGUGGAGGGACCAUGGCUACAGCGAUGUCUUCCAGGCAUACUUUCACUGUGAGGGCCAUGUCAAGAUCUACCAUGGGAACUGCAACACCCCUAUCCCGGAGGACUAGGCACCCACUCGCCCACUCUGCUUCUGGGGCUCCCGGGCCUGUGGAAGGAUGCUCUUGGGAUCCAGGUGCUGCAGGCCUCCCCGCAGGCCAGUCCCUGUCCAGUGGCCAUCCAAAGAAGUUUAACUGAGUCCUGCUGGAGCUUGGGCUGUUUCCCUUCAGGGCAUCCUGAAGGACAGACAGAUGUCUUCUAGUAGGUGAUUGAAGAUACAGAAGGACAGAUUCUCUUGUCUACAUGGACUCAAACCCUUUUCAAAGAGCUGGCUUUUGCUCGACCAAAUAAGUGUUUACUUUAGACUGACAGGCUUUCUGUUUGUGAGGACCGAGCUGUGCUGCUGUAGCCCCAAAGAGCCCUGAGUGAGUGAGUCAGGGCUCUAACAAGCAGCCUCCAAAGGAAUACCACAGUCCCACGUCCUUUCUCAGGAGGCUUUUCUCCUCCUUCCCAGAUGUCCAUGUUGCUUGGUGCAGACUCCAAGUGCACAUCUCUUUAGGUGAAGCCGCUUGGGCCAGCUAGGGGACACAGAAUAACCCCUAUUGUAGCAUCCACAGCUCCUAUCUCCCCGAUGUAUCCCAGAGCCCAUUUCCAUCCAUCUCCUGCUCCGGUGACCUGACUGUACUAAGGAAUCAAAUCUGCCAUCAAAGAACAGAGGUUGGCCAUGCUGCGGCAUGCACUAGAAUUGCCUGAACAAGGGAGAUUUCCUCCAGGGAGCAGCCUAACAGUUCACUAAUGCAAGUGGGUAGGCUUGCAGAAGGCUGGCCUGUGGGCUUACUGUGGUCUCUGGCGUGGAAAACAGACAGGCCCAUACUUUCCUGUGGCGCCAUGCCAGACCCUCCUUCUUCCCAGAAGAGUGCACCAUUUCUGUAUUUGUGCUUGUGAAGACUCUGUAAGUCAGCUGCCCACAUGAAGCCACCACAGGCCAUGCCCAUGUCCAGCUCAUGUCCUCAGGCAAGAAAUGUGAGGUUCUCAUAUUUUCUUUCAGUUCCCUUGACUUUUAAAUUUUCUUUCACCCCAAGUGAGAAUAGCUAAUAACUAAUCUUUGAGAACACUUGUUCAUGUUGUUUGUCCUCUGAUCAGAGUUUCCAGGGGCCUGGGGCUCUGAAUGAAGACUGGAAUCAGUAUCAACCAGAGGGCCUAAAAGGAAGGAAGGAAGGCCCCCCUGGGGGUGGCUGGGAGGUGGCCUUACUAUGUUUGGUUCUAAGUACAGAGCCAUUUUAUUCCAGCUAUUGCAGAUCCAGCUCUGCUGGGGACAAAGUGACCCCUCCCUGAGCCCAGACCUCUCCGCUGCAUUCAUGCCUGGUGAGAUGGUACACACCCCUUCACUAGCCCUCUGCUGGAGCCCAGUUCGUCUGUUCUCCUGGCUACUUGAUUUCCUAUUUAUAGCUCCUGGUUAUUAGAUGCCUGCCGUGUACUGGGCAUCGUCUUGAGGAUUUAUAUGUGCUCUAGGUAAUAUUCAUGAAAACCUCAGCAAGCUCAUUCCUGUUCUAAAACUUAUGUAUGAAAACAGAGGUAUGGGCAGAGCCCUAUGCUGUGUUGUUUACUGCGGCUUUUUAUUAUACAAAAACCAUACUAUGGAAUAUAUUAAAAAUCAUUUUAAGGAAUAUUAAUGUACCAGAAAAUACUUACACUAGUGAGUAAAGAAUACAAAAUACAAGAUUGUAUGUGUAUCCUUUUAUUUUUUUAAAUUACAUAUAUGUAUUUGUGUACAAACAGGUGCAUACAUGAAGUUCGUAUGUAUGUGUGAAAAGAGGGAGAUUCAAGAACAAGCCUAUUCUGUAUUUUAUCCAGUUCAGCUCCUCAAGACCAUGCUUUAAACACAUUAACAAAACAGUUAUCUCAGUGAGGGGAUAAGGCCAGGGAGUUCUUAACCCACAAUGACAGCAGAAGUUUUCAUCAAGAAUUAAAGUGUUUCUAAAACUAUAAGUGUCUUCUGUUGUUGCAAGAAAAACAGUAAGCCAGGUACUCAGAGCACAACAACAUCCUCCACUCUGUGUGUGUGUGUGUGUGUGUGUGUGUGUGUGUGUGUGUGUUUGUGGGGAGCACAAAGGACAACUUGUGGAAUCACUUCCCUCCCUCCACAUUUACCCACUGUCUUAGUUAGGGUUUCUGUUGCUGUAAGAGACACCAUGACCACAGCAGCUCUUAUAAGGAAAACAUUUAAUUGGUGCUGGCUUACAGUUCCAGAGGUUUAUUCCAUUAUUAUCAUGGUGGGGAGCAUGGUGGUGUGCAGGCAGACAGAGUGCUGCCUACAUCUUCAGAAGGCAACAGAAAAUCAGCUGAGAUGCUGGGUGGUAGACUAAGCAUAGGAAAUCUCAUAGCCGCCCUCCCCCACAGUGGCACAUUUCCACCAGCAAAGCCACACCUCCUAAUAGUGUCACUCCCUAUGGGGGCCCAUUACAUUUAAACCACCACACAUAUUCAUUGCACCAGUUCUCCCCCCCCCCUACUUACUUUUGAGCUCACCCUCAGGAGGUCCCCCUCCCCUGGCACCGGUGGCUUUGAUCUAAUGCCUCUGGUGAACGUAGCCAUAGACAACAGGAAACCCAGCCGGACUGACAAAAGCCACUGUGGGCUCUUUGCUUGCCACAAGUGGCUGUGACAGAUGUUGGAGUCAACUUCGGAUUGGGGUCCUGGUAGGAUUCGUGUUGUGCAUACAUAAUGAAAACACUGUGCGUCCUUUAUUUCACAGAACCUUCCCUGUCUAGUGCAUCUGUACAUGUGAGUGAAAUGGAAGUCCAGACGGCAUUAUGACUAUAACAAACUAUCUUCACUUAUGUUCAUUUCCUUAUUUUGUGCUUAUUAAUUUUAUAAAGUGCAUAAUAAAUGUUAUACAUUUAAACAUU